UACGUAUAGCUCAUACAUAAAUAGCUACCUAACCAUACCAUGAACAUGACAACUCUCCGCAGGCAGCCAUCAUCCAUCUCAUCUACCCAUCCAAGCCUUAAUGAAAUCGGAACCCAACGUACCAAGAGUAGUCUCUAAAUGACCUCAAAACUAAUCUCUAGACUCGCGAAGAAACUACCCACAGCAAAGUCCACCAUGAGACUCGACCGCGCCAACCCGCAGCCCUUCUACCACUACUUCGACAACACCUGGACGCCAAUCCGGAGCUUAACAGACAUCACCGGAUCCCCCAACUCAUCUGAUCUCCAUCAAACCCACAGAAAAACCAUAACCAGAAUCCGCCUAACAACAUGGAACAUCGACUUCCAGACCCCUCUCGGCCGCGAACGCAUGGCCGCAGCACUGGAGUACCUCUCCCAUCAACACAGCACCCAGCCCGACGACGAGACCCCAUCAAGCAUCUUCCUCCAGGAGAUGGCCGAGUCAGAUCUCCAGCUUAUCCAGGAAUCGGGCUGGAUACAGGAGAAAUUCUUCAUCACCGACACCAGCAGCGAUCAUUGGCGCGGGUCCUACGGGACGACGACGAUGAUCGAUAAACAGUUGGUUGUGCGGGGCGUAUUCCGGGUCCCGUAUUCGAAUUCAAGGAUGAAGAGGGACGGGUUAUUUGUUGAUGUUGAUGUUGGGCCCUUCGGGGCCGAAAGUGAACGCAUCUUACGGCUGUGCAAUACACAUCUCGAGAGCCUUGUUUCCCACCCGCCCAGACGGCCGGUGCAGCUACGUCUCGCCUCGAUCUUCAUGCAUGGGUCUGGUCCGGCGACUGGGCCCGAGGAUGAGGGGACGUAUACGCCGCCGACGCCCCAUGCAGCUAUUCUAGCGGGUGACCUUAACGCCUUUGCGCCGGAGGAUCGCUCCGCGCCGGAGGAGUGUGGUCUUAGAGAUGCGUUCUUGACUCUGGGCGGGAGAGAGGGGACGGAGGAGAGUUUCACGUGGGGUCAGCAGGUGCCGGAUUGGAUGAGGGAGCGGUUUGGGUGUAGUCGUAUGGAUAAGAUUCUGUAUUGUGGUGGGGUUGAGGCGAAGAGGGUCACGGUCACGGUUACUUUCAAUCAGUCUGAGCGCGAGGAUGAAGAGGUCUGGGUCACGGAUCACUUGGGUUUACAGGGGGAGUUUGUAAUCUUGUCAUCGAGCUAUUGAUUACGCUUGCAGUUGAGAGGUGACAUAUCGACAAUUGUCUGUAUUGGAGUUAUGUACAGUAUCCAUCAUGAGUGUCAUUGAUCAAUACGAAUAUGACUGACAUAUGUU